AAAAAUAGGAAGGAAAGUGAAAAAAAGAAAAGAAAAAUAUUGCAAUGGGUAAUGGAACAAUGGUGGACCUGAGGCCCAUAAAAAGCCUGUAAAAUUGCGUCUUACAAACGCGAGUGCAAGCUAAAACACAAACCCCCAAAAAAUCUGUUGCUUUGUGUGAAGGAGAAGAAGAAGAAGAAGAAGAAGAUCCUAAUUCCCAAAUCCACAGGAAAACAAAACCCACUUUGCUUCUCUGCGUUCAAAUCAAACAAUGGCUGAUCCUGAGUUAGAAGCAAUCAGACAAAGAAGAAUGCAGGAGCUUAUGGGUCAACAUGGUGCGGGGAAUCAACAAAAUUCUGAACAGCAGAAUGCUCAGGAAGAGGCCAAGAGGGAGGCAGAGGAACGGAGGCAAAUGAUGCUUAGUCAGAUUUUGUCAGCUGAAGCACGGGAAAGACUUGCCCGAAUUGCUUUGGUGAAACCUGAGAAAGCUAGAGGUGUUGAAGAUGUGUUGCUAAAUGCUGCUCAAAGGGGUCAGAUAGUUGAGAAGGUUUCUGAAGAGAGGCUCAUAUCAUUGCUGGAACAAAUUAACACCCAAACGACUAGGCAAACCAAAGUCACAAUCCAGAGGCGUCGGAGUGUUCUUGAUGACGAUGAUUAGCUUGUAUCUGGAAUGAGUGUGCUUAUAUGAUUAUAUUAUGCUGUUCGGAUUGAGAUACAUCAAUGGUACAAUGCUUUGUUGGUUGUAUAUUAACAAAGUUUGCAGUUGUAUUUUUAUGGGCGAAAUGUUUGGUUGAAAAGGAUGUUGGAGUUGUAGAUCUUCAUCUUGCGUUAUGUUUUAUUACAGUAUCUUUUAUGCUUAAUUAUUGAAUCAAUGUUUGCUCCCUAAAUAA